AUGGAAAUUGGUAACGAAAUCAGCCAGAAGAUAAGGGUAAGUGUGCUUAACCAAUUAAGACUUAAGGUCAUUGGAAUUGUGGAUUAUUUUGACCACAAAUAAGUUUUAAUUCUUCACUAUGGUCUGCUGGCAUUUAAUUAUUGUGUGCUAGAAAUGUGUCACUUGUCAAAUAAAACAGAAAAAUCCUCAGCUGUUUGUGUUUAGCGCUUCUCAUAACAACACAUGUCAAAGGAAAUGACUGUUUUCUGUUGUGAAGCAAGUGCAUCGAUAAAUUUGUAGGUACUUGUAUGAAAAAAAGCGACUAAAUUGAAUCGACUUUCUGACCUGCAGAUUACAGACUGACUUUGAUUUUAAAUAAUUUGUCAACAGUAUGAAUACACAAUGACUUGUCUUUUACUGGAUGUUUGACAGAACAUAAGAACCUAUCACAAUGACAUGGUCUUUUUAGAAACACAAGGUUUCUUAUCAACCUGACUUCUUGUCGUUGUCUCAUGUUGUAAACAACUGGUUUUCUUUCACAACUUGUUACAUAUAAAUUUGCCGAGAGCAAGUUUACUACUAGCCUGAAUUUCAGCUUUCUCUGUGGGACACAAACUAUGUCUCUCUGAGGAGUUUGCGACUCGGAGAGACGGCUUAAAUUCAAGUUCUGUUGACUACAUUUUUUCAACACUUUCACUUCAGUUUGGACAAGAGUGCUGAGACUUAUGAAAACUGUUUGAAGUAAUUUCGUAGUAUAAAAUUUGAUGUUUUUGACCAUUGUUAUUCAAGGUUCAAUCAGUUAACCUAGUCAUUGUGACAAAAUUACCUCAAAUUUUUUUGUAACCAGAAAGCAGUAAAUUGUAUUUCUGUUUGAAAGUGAAAUUAGUCAGGCCCCAGUUAUUCAAACAUUGGAUAGCACACUUCAGUGGAUAAAUCACUAUCCAGUGGAUAGGUAUGAGAAAAACCAAUUAUUGCAUUAUCCACCGGAUAGAGAUUUAUCCACUGGAUAGCAUUAUUAGCCUUUCAAACAACUUUACCCAGGUCUUGAAUACCAAAAACACAUGUAAAGUAACAAUUUUUUUUUACUUAACAGGGUGCUAUCAAGACAAAGCUAAGAGAGCUAGGAUCAUACGUUGGUAAGCAGUUCUUAUAAUGGAAAAGAAGGCCCAGUUAAGUUGGGUGAUUGACAGUUUGAUAUAUUGGGUAAUUUGUAACAUACAUUGAAUCCUAUAGAUCAUAUUACAGUCUUUUUUGUUUAGUCAACUGCUGUAAUCAUGUAUUAAAAACUGAACUUUUGAGACAUUCAAGCAAUGGUUUUCUUACGAUCAUACGUGAUCUUGCACGGUGGUUGCUUUGGGGAAACAGAAAACAAAAAAAAUAUGUAAAAUUUUUGGUUUAAAAAGUGGUCAUGGUUGUUGAAGAAAUUUCAGAAUUGGUCGCAACAGGAGUAGACUGUAUGUCUUUUACUGACGUAAGAGCCAUUAACUAACCAGCAUACUUUUUAGUCAUAGUAUAACCUCUCAAUAUCUUGUGUCAUCAUCAUCAUCAUCUGCCAUCAGUUAAUGCGCGUAAGACUGUUUUACGGUUUCGGAUAAGUUUCCUCCUUGGCUCUCUGUAUCUGUAUGUUUACUGGACUUCUACUCAAUACUUAUAAAAUCCUCUAAGGGCUUUCUUUGACUACUGCUGUUUCAUUCACUGUUCCUUAUGGUCUACUGAACUGUAUUAUUUUAAUAAAGAUGAUGAACUUCCUGACUAUAUCAUGGUUAUGCUGGCCAACAAAAGAAGCAAAGAACAGAUGACAGAGGACCUGGUUUUAUUUCUGGGUACAAACACAUCAUUAUUCACUGAAUGGUGAGUAAAUUCUCUUUUCAACUGUUUCACUUACAAGAAUGGCCAUGAUGUAAUUGGAGUCUAAAUUUAUUUUAUUUAUUUAUUUUUUACAAAAAAGAGAAACAUAAGUUUUAGUAGUAGUAUAGUACAUACGUACAAAGUGUGUGAUCUGAGAAACAUGUAUGUCUCUUGGAAAAUGCACUUUUUAAAAUUUAAUUCAGUCAGAUUUGCCUCCAAUACAAUAAAGCACUGAUAUUGUGAUGAAGAUUUUCUAGUUUCAUAUUUUUUUUAAAAAGCAGCAUUGCUGUUUUGAUAGAUACAAGAGUAAGUAAAUAACAAAAUGUUGCUCAAAUUUAUUUUGAUCUUUAGGCUUGUAAAUAUUAUACAGAAGCUUCAAGAUGUCACAAGUUUACAAGGUAACCAAAUUCAGUAUUUAUGAAACCAUUUCAAUAGUACAAAUCGGCCACUCUUCUACUAUGCAGCUUCUCUGACAAAAACUGAGACAUAAUAUUUGACUAAACAGUGAGUGGUUGAUUGAAAUUAAAUAUUGUUUUGUGAUAACUUGCGAAGCAAUUUUACCAGUUCACUGUGUCUGUGUACCAAGGAACUUUACUCCUUGUGGAACAUACAUCAACAGCUCCACUUUUUUCAGUUUUUUAAUUUUGUAGGUUCUUGUACAAACUAUUCAAGCUGUGCCAUUCCGGAAAAUGAUUAUAAUUAUUCUAUUUCAUUUUAGAAAAUACAGAAGAGUCAAAUUUAUUGGGCGAAGGAAACAUUUCUCAAACAGUAAAAACAGAUUUAGUCAAAGGCAAGGAAAGGAAAGAUGCUACAUUAAAACCAUCGCUAAAAGAGAGAAGACGAAGCCCUAACAGAACUGAUGCAAGGGAACAUUUAAAAAGCAAGCAUGAAAAAGUAGAAAGUAUGUACUUACAUGUAUUUACAUGUAAUUGAAUUGUGACCCAAAAACAUCAAUUUUCUUGUCACUGCAAGAUAUUAUCUUCCAACAGUAAAGAGUGGAAAUAGCAGCUGUGAUUUUUAAAAAGUAUGUCUAGGAUUUGAAUCACCAUUGGACAAUUACUUGUUUGUAAUUUUUUCCUUUUAAAUACAGUCAAUUCUCUCCUUCUAAGGCAGACACCUUUAGGAUGGUCACUAACCAUUAAACCCUAAUGUCAGAAAACAAAUUCUCCAAACUGAUGUCCAUGCAAUUCCUAAAACAUCAGUUGAGAGAAUUAAUUUUGUAAAAAGAUCAAAGCAUUUUCCUUUUGGUGAUCAUUUCAUGAAUUCUCAUAACCUUUUCUCUUGAUUAUGUAUUGAUUUUGUUAGGAGAAAAUUAGUAGUGGUCACUAUUGGUGCUUAAAGGGUUAAGUGAGUAAAAUGUACAAUGCAGUGAGUAAAGAGAGGCACUGGCCAUUACUGGGUGUCCGUUAAGUGACAGUUGACUGUAACAUUAGUUUUUGAUCCCUGUGAGUUUGUGUGUUAUUCAUUUCAUAUUUACAUGAAUAUUUUGUCUCUCAGAGCCAAAAAUGGGCAAUAGUGUUGUAAAAACUGUUGGCUUGUCAUCAAGAGGCUCAACAAGAAAGCGAAAGCACUCAUCCUCUGAUGACGAGGAUUCUAGAACAUCCAAUCUUCCCAGUGUUGUGAAAGUCAAAGAAAGAAAGUAAGUUUCCCAUCCCACAUUAAAUGUUUGCUAAUUCAUUCCAAGCUUUUCUGAGAGUGAAAAGGUACAAGAUUUCUAGGUUGACUAACAGCAAAGAGAUUUGAGGUCAAUAAAAGCAUACUUCUCACCAUUGUAAUACUAUUAAAUUCUCCAGACUGAUCUAUGUACAUUCAUUUCCCUAAAGAAUUACUCGAACUAGAGAAAGACAUCACGUUCUUUUACACAUUCGGGCUCCCAAAUUAGACAUUGUGGAAUUACCUUGAAUGUUUUGAAUGUCUAGCACUUUACCCAGUGUUUCAUUUGAUGUCCAGACAUCUUGAAGUUGGUAUGAAGAAAAGGCUGCUGUUCCUUGUUUUUUCAUCCCACUUCUUUGUGUCUGGAUAUUUGAUGAAAUGUUUUUCAAGUGAUUGAUAUACCCCAUGUUUGCAAAAUUUUGUGUUUCGACAUUAAUAUUAGUAUCAGAAAUUGAUGUCACAGUAAUGAUUGCAUUUGAUUUCUCUUCAUGGAAUUUUUAUGAGUUUGAAAAAAAUUAUGUUUCCUCUUUGUAGACCAACACUUCCACCUUCAAAGCAGGCUUCAGGCAAUCUCCUUAUGAAAGCCGUUGCAGCUGCACACCACUCCGUUAAAAAACCAGCACUCUCAUCCAGUCUGAAAUAUGACCCUACUUCUCCUCCAUCACCAAUCAGAUCUCACAGCUAUGAGGAGAAGCAGCAACAAAAAGAGCUAUUGUUACAGCAACAUAGAGAGCUACAAAAGCAGUUCUUACAAAUGAAGCAAGUAGACGAGAGUGUAGAAGAUGAAGAAAAUGUUGAAGAAGAAAGCAGCAGAGAAAUAGAAGAGGAAUCUACAGCAGUGGAAGAGGGAGGCCAGGAUUAUAAUGAGGGAAGUGAGGAACAAGUAGCAGAAGAAGAACAUAAACAAGUGGAAACUACACAGGAACCAGAGGCAAGUUUAUUCUUGUUGCUUACAGCAAACUCUGUAGACACACAGGAGCAAGUUUUCGUUUUGGAAAACUAACUGCCUGAUAGAGAUCUGCUGUUCUGAAAAAUGAUUGGGACCAAAUUGUAGGUGACUGUUUUAGGAAGCUAUUCAUCUCAUAGAGUGUCUAUUAAGAGAGAUGACAGUUCUUUACUCCUUAUGACUGUGAGGCGGUGGUUUCAGCAAAGUUUGAGAUGUUUACCACUCAGCCGCCACUCUUCCACAACCCAUUAACUGUUUUAUGGCCCUAUAUCCACACGCAAAUUUUCUUUACUGAUUUCCAUGAAUUAAGAAUGAGUUGAAAGAACUUGAUAAAAGAUCAAAACAUUCUCCCUUCCAGGUCAUUUUAAAAAUUCUCUUAACCUUUUCUUCUGAUUAUGCAAUGAUAAGGUUACAAGAAAGUUGAUGUUGUUCACUCUAGACUGAGACAAAAAAGGGUUACAUUUUUGUACCUUUGCAGGUUGUAUGAAACAUACCAAAAUCUGAAAAGCUGGAAAUAUUUUAUUAUCUGUAGUUAAAUUUUCCUGGUCUUGGUUUUAGGAGCCAGUUAUUGAGCUUCAUGUCUCAGAGACAGACACACUGGACUACAGUGCAGAGCCUGUCCAAGGUGAUACCAGAAUUGUUGCAUUUGCGGACAGCCAGGCUGGAGGGGAAGAUUCUGAAGAAGAAAGACGAAAAAGAAGGAAAAAACGACGAGCUGUCAAGUCCAAAAAGUAUGUAAGACUCCUUUAGCAGGGUCCUCAAUAAGUUUUAAAGUAGACAGCUAUGAUGUAAAUGUGGGUGGCUUGGUAGCUGCGUGGUGUAGGCAAUUUCAGGCUUUCAUUCACUCACUUUAACCUAUUUCCUCAAAAAGUAGACGGCUCAAACCUUCAAGUAGCCGGUGUUUUAGCCAGCUGCCGGCACUUAAUGAGAACCGUGGCUUUGACAUGUUCACAGUUUACCCACUGGCUACAGUGUGUAUGUCAACAAUCAAUACAAAUUGACUAACAUUUCUGAGUUUGUUUGUAGAGGCUAGGCACAGUCUUAGGCAACGAUGUUUUCAAGGAAUAAAAUUUCUAACCAGUGUUAACUGUGUUUGCAUUUUUAAAACAAAAUUAUGGUCAGAUGUCAGUCAUGCAAUUCUGUCUUAAGAGUUCGUAGAGGAAACGCUAUGGUCAUUCAAAAUAAACCCUUGCAGCAGUACUUUGCAUGUUGCAAGGUUUUUAUUUUUUGAGAUUUUAUAAUAAAAAGUGUUGAUUUUUUGUUGAAGUUCAACUUAGUGUGAAUAAAUAAAAUUUUGCAUGUUUUUUCAUAGGGAAAAACCAUCAAGUCCUAAGUUUAUUGUAACACUAGAUGGUGCCAAUAGUGACUUGGAAGAUAAAUAUGAUGACCAGGUGAAAAAGGAAAAGCAAAAGAAGAAGAGAUCAAAAAAGAAGACUGAAGUUGAUGAUUUUGAGGAGAUAGACACAUCUGAUGUGACAGAACAAGUUAAAUCACAGGCAGAGACAACUGUCCCUGAAAAACCAUUCAUAAAACAGAUUACUUUUGAUCUUGAUGCUGGAGAUGAUGGUAAGUCAAAAUAAAUAAGAGGGUUUAUUAUGGACCUAAUUCUUUCACUCCUUUGGGCGUCAAAAUCAAGAUAAAAAUAAAAGCAAAAAAAUCAAAAGUUCUCAUUGUAAAUUUAAAGGAAAAACAGAAACAAAAUGGCACUGUACAAACGUACUGCAUUCCCCCUCCUUUAGAAUUUAUUCUCUCCAACCUCAGUCACUAGAGCUUCAUGUAUGUAACCUGUCUUCAGAAAUGAUUAGUAGAUUGGCCUUUCACAAAAGUGUGAUUGCAGUAAUUUAUUUUUUCUAUUUUUUAAGAUGAGGGUGAUGAGGAUACUACUUUAAACAAAAACAAACAAGCAGAGAAGUGCAAGUUUUGGCCAGAGUGCAAAAAUGGAGAGAGCUGUCCUUUUUAUCAUCCAACAGUAACAUGCAGGUGAUUUAUAAACAGAUUUCAGUGUUCUAGCUGCAGUUAGAAGAAAAAUACAGCGGUUUGUAGGUAACUGUAGCAUCAAAGAAGAAAGAGAUACUAUAGUCUCUCUUAUUGCCUGUGACUUGUUUUCCUAUCUCUGUCUUUUUAAUUAUUAGAGUAGCUAUUGCUAAAGAUCAAACUCAUGACAAUCAGAGGAAAGCUACAGACUGUAAAUGUUUUGACAGAUCUGAUUAAAUUAUUUAGAUAGUCAUGUCAGUGUGCAGUGGUCGAUCUGUCUAGAGUGAAGUCAAAUGAAUAUUUUUUUCAGAUUUUUUAGUGAUCUGACAAUAGAACAUUGAUGAGACAAGGUUCUUCCAUGUAAAGUGAAGAUUCCUUGGCAUCAUUUUUUGGUUUAGUUUGCCUUCUUCUGCACUCUGUUCACUCACUAGAGUUCAAAUAAAGGUUACAUAAUUAUUUUGUCUCUUUUUUUUUCAGAUCAUUUCCCAACUGUAGAUUCGGGGACAGCUGUAGAUUUAUUCAUCCACCAUGUAAAUUUAAUGGAAGGUAAAGGAUCUUUCCCCAUUUGAGGGAACCUAACCUGUUAAAUUAUCAGUCCUUAUUUAUUUAUUUGACAAAGAAGACUUCAGUAAAAGCUGUAUCAUUUACCUCAUAGUUCUAUGGGUUAUAUUAAAAAUUACUCCACUGGUUGACUGAGGUAGGGAAGUAUCUAGUCAACAACUAGCAUCCAGUGUCAGCCGUGUCAAAUACGUUUUAACUGUAAUGCUAUUGGAUGAGUCUGAGUAUAGUAUGAGUGUUAUCCGCCUGUUAUCAACCUUGGCUUUUUCAGCCAUGGUAGAAAACACGUCCAAGACCUUCAUAAUUCAUAAUAAUUAUCUUCGUUUAUUUUUCCACCCAAAAACAAAUUACAUAUGUACUGUUGAUCUUGCUCGAUCUUAUAUACAUAUUAAUUUUUGUAUUUUCAUUGUUUUCUGUAUAUCUUGCAUUUAUAGGUGUACUAAUUCAGUUUGUCCAUAUACACACAAGUUAAAAAGUAAACAACAGACAUCUCCUAUACCAGCUCCUGUCACAGGUAUUUGAAUGAAAGUUGGCUGAUAUCAGCCCAGUUUACACAAGUAGGAAGAUCAAAGAUGAAAUUAAGGUCAAGGAAGACAAGCCGCCUCUUGUGAGUCAACAAUGCGUGGUGUAUUCUUUCCAGUGUAGCCUGUGUGAUGCAAGCUAUGUCGGCUACACGUGCCGACACCUACACCAACGAAUUGAAGAACACAAAGGAUCGGCAAUCGGAAACCACCUCAGAGAGCAGCAUGAUAUGGAGCCUGAAGACAUUGCACAAAGUUUUAGAAUCUUAAGAAAGUGUCAGAACAAAUUUGACUGUCUUAUUUUUGAAAUGUUUUUUAUCCAAGAACUGAAACCGACGCUUAACAAACAGUGCGAUUCAAUUUGCGCCAAAUUAUUUGUUUAGAGUAGUUCUUGUUAACAUUGUUUUAUUUCCAUUGACACCACAUUUUUAUCUAUUAUAACUUGUUUUUAACUUAUUUAUGCUAAUUUAGAGAACUUUUAUACACUUGAAAAUGACCUCGGAGAGGUCGAAACGUCAUGAUUUUUUAUCGCUAAUAUUUAUCUCAAAAACAAGCAUUGACUUAUUUCUUAAUGUUUUUCUUAUUGCUGUUGAUGAAAAUCAAAAUUUUUUAUUCCUUUACUCUCUUUCAAUCCCACUAGGUUUCAUGUUUCCAUCACCAAGUGUCCUUGUGCCACCAUCACCCAGUACCCAGCCCAUUCCUUGCAAGUUCUAUCCAUCCUGUACAAAAGCUGACUGUCCCUUUUAUCAUCCACAACCUAAGGUACAGUAGUAAUUACUAUAGAUUUACCAGUGAUUGGUAAAUCUACUAACAGUACACGUAAUCAAAUUUAUUAAGUGAAGUACACUCAGUAAUACAGGGGCUUGUCUGUUACUUAAUUUGCAAUGAUUUUUUGAUGUCCAUCCAUUAUGUUAGAUGAAUUUAAUACCACCACUCAUUAAUAUGACAAAACCGGUCAAAACAUCCAUGGUUUAAAAGACCAAUACAUUUUUAUAUUGAAGGAUGCAAUGAUUGGGGCAUUUCAUUUCAGUAUUUCCUUAGAGCCAGCACCAGGAACAUACUAUGAACAUUUUUGUGAUUUAUAAUUUUAGGUUUUGGUAAGAAAUGCUGCAAUUUGUGCUGAAAAUUUUCAAAGUUAUUUCAUGAUUGUUUCACUUUAAUAAAAACAAUGAUAGUGGACUUACGAUACUUAAUAGUGCCUGUCAGUUAACUUAGCUUUUCACAUAAAUAGACAUUUUCAAAAUAACAGAAAAUGGUAAGAGAUUUUUAACCUCUGGAUAUGUAAAAAACAGCAUUACUUACUUAGAGAUAAUUUCAAUGAAAAGAAAGAAAAAUUUCCAGACUGGACAUUCUUAAGAAAAGAUAAAUUGCGCUAUUAUUUAAUAUUGCACAAAACAGAACGUUUUCACAACUAUUAAUAUGCAAAAUAACCAAAAGUGGACAAUUUUUAGAUUAAUUUUUCAUGGUGCAAAAGUGCAUUUUCUUGGUUAUACUUGUUCACCUGGAGAUUGGGAUUGUGGGCUCCUCUCAUCGCCCGCAGUUAAAAUCACAACAGCGUUGAUUAAGUACUUGUACCUUUUUAUCUCUCGGCAGCCUUGUCGGUUUGGACUUAGCUGCACCAGACCAAACUGUUUGUUUACUCAUCCAGCAAAACCGUCCUCACUAAAAUGGGUUUCUCCUGCUCUACACGUAAGGUAGCGUAUCCUAUUCCUUUUGAUCUGUUGCUUAAAUGUUCAUUUGAAACAGUAUGUGUACCUUUAAAUAGAAUUAUAUUAUUUUAUGCCCCUACCACUACCACCAUCAGUGACCAAAAAAAUAGGGGGCGUGCCGUCUUGGUCAGUACAGCUGGAUAGCCCAGGGACUGCCCUAACAGUGGGUGGGUGGAUCAGGCCUGGGGUCAAAACUAGUGGGGUAGUGAGGGGGCUGUUUUGACACAACCCCUUCAGAAAGCAGCAGUGUUCAGUACAGGCUUUGACUGGCAGGUAACUUGUUCUUAAUUUGCCCUAGCCAGCUGAAUCAGGCCUCUGCUGAGAAUGAUUAUCACGAUAAUUGCAGAGCUCAGUGGGAGGCACAGACAGUCACCCAUUGUCCUGGGUGGGGAGGGACAAAAUCUUGGUACCAAGGAUGCUCUUAGCAGAGGACUUUUAGACACUCACUGAAGCCAUGUUUUCAUAAAUUCAGUCAGAUAUGUUUUGUGGUACACACUGAUUAUUAAUAAGUAGUUCAGUAAAGAAAGUGUUUAUGCGACACUAUCAUUAUUUUUCAUGAUCAUUGCCCUUAAUAAAAUACAUAACUUAGACCUGAUUGUUGUUUGAGCAAAAGACCUAUCCUUUUAAAUACGGUAGUAAGAAUUUUAUCCAAACACUAAAUGAUAAAAAACAAAAUUAAGAUUAAAGCUCUUCCCCUUUAAAGUUCCCUUCCACGAAAGCCAAACAAACUAAUAUUAUUAUUAUUGCAGUGAAAGAAGAUUUGCUUUAGCUGAACAGCAAGUGACAUCGAUGCCAGUUUCAUAG